AUGGACCCCAGAAAUCACACAGAUAUUUCAGAAUUCCUCCUCCUGGGAUUGUCUGAUGAUCCGGAACUGCAGCCCCUCCUCUUUGAGCUCUUCCUGUCCAUGUACCUGGUCACCAUUCUGAGGAACCUGCUCAUUAUCCUGGCCAUCAGCUGUGACCCCCACCUCCACACCCCCAUGUACUUCUUCCUCUCUAACUUAUCCCUAGCUGACAUCUCUUUAAGCACAGUCACGAUCCCCAAGAUGCUGGUGAACAUCCAGGCACAGAAUCAGCACAUCAGUUACACUGGAUGCCUCACCCAGAUCUGCUUUGACCUCCUUUUUAUAAGUUUUGAAAGCUGUCUCCUUGCAGCGUUGGCCUAUGACCGCUAUGUGGCCAUAUGUCACCCCCUGAUGUACAUGGUCAUCAUGACCCCCCGACUCUGUGUUCUGCUCAUUCUGCUCUCUCUGCUCAUUGGCAUGGGGAAUGCCCUGCUCCACAGUCUGACAGUGCUGCCUCUCUCCUUCUGCACAAACAGGAAAAUCCCCCACUUCUUCUGUGAACUUGCUCAGGUCAUCAAGCUGGCCUGCUCUGACAUCUUCAUCAAUAACUUCCUGAUAUUUGUUGUGUUUAGCCUCUUUGGGGGUCUUCCUCUCUCUGGGAUCACUUUCUCUUAUGCUAAAAUUGUCUCCUCUGUUUUGCGAGUGUCAUCAGCAGGGGGAGGGUAUAAAGCCUUUUCCACCUGUGGGUCUCACCUCUCAGUUGUCUCUUUGUUCUAUGGGACAGGAUUAGGGGUGUACAUCAGUUCUGCAGUUGCUGACUCUUCCAGGAAGGCUGCAGUGGCUUCAGUGAUGUAUGCUGUGGUCCCACAAAUGAUGAACCCCUUCAUCUACAGCCCGAGGAACAGGGACAUGAAGGGGGCCUUUAGGAAACUCAUCAGGAGGACUCCUCUCCCUUAA